CAUAUCUUCAACGUUUCAAGUCCAACAAAGUAACCCUCUCUCUCCGUGAGCGGAGUUUUUUACUAUUAGCACUCUCACAUGGCUCUCUCUGGAUUACUUCUUCCCAUUUCAUCAAUCAUCAUCUUCAUCUUCCUUGCAUACAAGCUCUACCAACGGCUCAGGUUCAAGCUCCCGCCAGGUCCACGUCCAUGGCCCGUCGUCGGAAACCUCUACCAGAUAACGCCGGUGACGUUCCGCUGCUACAACGAGUGGGCUCAGAAAUAUGGACCCAUCAUUUCAGUGUGGAUUGGAUCCACACUGAACGUCGUAGUGAGCAAUACAGAGCUUGCAAAGGAAGUGCUCAAGGAGAAUGACCAGAAACUGGCUGACAGGCCCAGGAACAGAUCAACCGCAAAGUUCAGCGGGGACGGCCAGGAUCUUGUUUGGGCUGACUAUGGGCCCCACUAUGUUAAGGUGAGGAAGGUGUGCACUCUUGAGCUUUUCUCUGCAAAGAGGCUCGAGGAUCUGAGACCCAUUAGAGAAGAUGAGGUCACUGCUAUGGUGGAGUCCGUCUUCAACCACUGCAGCAAACCUGAAAACAAUGGAAAAGUUUUGACGGUAAGGAAGUAUUUGGGAACUGUGGCUUUCAACAACAUAACAAGGCUAGCAUUUGGGAAACGUUUUAUCAACUCAGAUGAAAUCACAGAUGAGCAAGGCAAAGAAUUCAGAGCUCUUCUUGCCAAUGGAGUGAAGCAGAGCGGAUCGCUCUCAGUGGCUGAGCACAUUUCGUGGUUGCGUUGGGCAUGCCCGUUUGACGAAGAGGCGUUUGAUCGACAUGAGGCAAACAGAGACAAACUCACCAAGGAAAUCAUGGACGAACACACUCAGGCACGCUCCAAGGGUGGCGUUGCCAAGAACCAUUUCGUGGAUGCAUUGUUUACCUUGAAGGACAAGUAUGACCUUAGUAUGGACACCAUUACAGGACUUCUUUGGGAUAUGAUGGCUGCCGGUACAGACACCACAGCUAUUACAUCUGAAUGGGGCAUGGCCGAACUGAUUAAGAACCCAAGGGUGCAACAAAAGGCUCAAGAGGAGCUAGAUAAGGUUAUUGGGGUCGACCGGGUCUUAACCGAAAACGAUUUCUCAAAACUCCCUUACCUACAAUGUGUUGCAAAGGAAGCACUACGUUUGCACCCACCAGCACCGCUAAUGCUCCCACACCGAGCCAAUGUCGAUGUCAAGAUUGGUGGCUACGACGUCCCCAAGGGUUCGAUCGUUCAUGUCAAUAUUUGGGCUAUAGCACGUGACCCGUCUGUCUGGAAAAACCCAAAUGAAUUUCGUCCAGAAAGGUUCCUAGAAGAAGAAUUUGACAUCAAAGGCCAUGAUUUUAGACUACUUCCAUUUGGAGCUGGCAGGCGAGUAUGCCCCGGAGCCCAACUCGGUAUCAACUUGGUUGCCUCCAUGUUGGGUCAUCUGUUGCACCAUUUCAGUUGGGCUCUGCCCGAAGGCGUGAACCCAGAGGAGAUUGACAUGUCCGAAAAUCCGGGCCUGGUCACUUACAUGGCAACCCCAGUAGAACUUGUACCUACUCCAAGGCUGCCAUCACACUUGUACAAACGUGUGGAGGCGAAUAUGUAAUUUUCAGUGUCUUUCGUAUUGUUGUUGUCUUUUCUCCGUUUAGGGCUCCGAUGACGUUGAAUUGAUCUUUUCUUGGCCCUUGGACUGGAGAAAAUUGAAAGUCCAAGAAGUUGAAAAUUAUUACUAGUAAUAGCUAGAAAAUAUAUU